UCGUGUGAUAAACUUAAAAAUAAGAAUAUUCUAGUCUCGCGAGUACUGCCGCCAGUAAGAAACAUACAUAUCCUAAAAAUGCUGAGAAUUUCACUAUUUGUUUGUGUCAUUUUCUCCACUUUAUCUGUGUAUAAGGCUAGCAAGUCUGGAUUAGUGGAAUUAGAUGAGCACUCUUUCGAAAAACUUAUUAACAAAUUCGACGCUGCUCUUGUUAAGUUCGACGUUGCUUACCCGUACGGUGACAAACACGAUGCGUUUUUAGCGCUCGCGCUGGAAGCUAAAGAGGUGGACGAGUUGUUGGUGGCGGAUGUAAAUGUGAAAGAUUAUGGUGAGAAGGACAACGAAGCGUUGGCGGCGAAGUACGGUGCUUCAAAGGAGACUUUCCCUGUCGUGAAGCUGUUCCUGAAGGGUAAAAGCGAACCAGUGGCGUUCGAUGGCGAGAAGGGAUUCACGACGGAAGAACUGCGGAAAUUUGUAAGUGACAACACUGGUCUGUACCUGAGCCUACCAGGCUGCGUGCGACAGCUCGACCUGCUGGCAGCCAAGUUCGUGAAGACCGCAACAGCAGGCAGGGACAAUGUGUUCAAAGAACUUCAGGAAGCAUGCAAGCAGCUGCCUGAGAAGCAUACUGUAUCAUGUGAGGUGUACAAGAUUAUUAUGAAGAAGAUUCUAGAAAAGGGAGAUGAAUUUAUCAAGGUUGAAACUGAACGGGUCAAAAAGUUGCAGAGUGGGAAGAUAUCUGAGGAGAAGAAGAAGGAACUGGGUACUAGACUGAACAUCCUGCAGAGUUUCCAAUAUGCUCUCACUGAGCGGAGCAAAGGGAAGAAUGAGCUGUGAUUCACUAAAGAUUAUAUGUGUAAGUGACACUAUCAGGGCAGAGACGCUAAGGAAACAUCAAACAAUUAAAUAGAACCUAUAUAAUUUUUUAAUGUUUACUUAUUAUAAUAUGCAUACUUAAGUACUUCUUGACUUACCGCCUCCACCAACCCCCACUAGAGGAGAAUACCUCAUCCAGUUGUUUAAGGAGAAGCCUGUGCCCAGCAGUAGCAUGUACAGUCAUGAGCAAUAUCAUGUACCAACUUUAGAACCCUGUCGCACUAUCAUAGAUAUUUGACAUUUAAUGAGGCUUACGGUUUAAUUUGUCAGAAAAGUUAAUGUGACAUGGUUGCAAAGUUUAUACAUAUUAGUACUUGUGACUGUACACAGGAUAUUUGUGUAUGUAUGUAAGUAAAAAUGUCAUCUACAUACACCAUAAUAAAAAAGAUGGAAAGAAAUAUAAAACUUCACUUUAAAUAAAUAGAAAAUAGAAAUAGAAAAAUAUUUAUUUCAAAAAAAGAGAUUUACAAAAGUAAUCUGUUACAAAAAACUGGUUUUAUGAGGUAGUUUCAGAAAAUCUACAUAUAGACAGAUAACACAGCGGACCCUGCACUAAGCAUAAGCCUGUAUCGCAGGGGCCCGAAAAAUUUAACAUUGUUUGGUUUAAUAGGUAUAUUAUUCUUUGUUUCACUAUUUCGUAAUUGUUUAUGAUAAAAUGUAACAUCUAAGCAGCUGGAAGCAUUUUAUAUUUUUUAUUUGAUAGGAGAAAAUGUGCUAACUAAAGUCACCAAAGACUUUUUGACUCAUGACUUGUAUAAUUAUUAUUCUAUGAAAGUAUAGGGGCUUUGUUUAAUUACUACUGUUUCUACAAGAUAACAUAAAUGUCAUAUUUCUCAUUGAUACCUUGAACCUAAUAUUUCUACAUCAUCAUCUCCUAAGAAAACAACCCAGCACCAAAAUU